AUUAAACAACCGAACAGUACAAUAUUUUAUGUGAUGCAACCUAAAAUAAACAAUUACAACAAAAAUUGUAUUUGAAUUGACAUUUGAAAUGUCAGAAAUGUUUUACAUAAUUUUUAACAUCCCAGUGGACAAAUGAUUUAUUUAUUCUUGUACCUCUGUGUCUUACUGAGUACUUUUCCGAAAUCAGCACAGGGUAAAUCAGGUGCCAUUUGUAAUAGCACAGGUGCUAAAGAUAUUCUAACUGAAGACAGACCAAUUAAUGAUAAGUACGACGUGCGCCCGAAUCUAUUCAUAGACAGAGAUAAUCUCCUAGGAAAAACCAGUCAUGAUCACAAAAAAGAGUUUUCGUACGGAAAUGGUCCAUAUGGGUGUGCACAUUGGCCAAAACUGUUUCCUAAAUGCGGUGGAAAGCAUCAGUCACCCAUAAAUAUCGAUAUAGCCAAUUUGAAAACGAUCACUUUGCCCAAUUUGAAAUGGAAUAACUUGUAUGAAGAAAUACCUGAAAAAAUGAGUGUAUCAAACACUCACAAUACAUUUUUGGAAAUGGUUUAUAAUGGCAAUCAUCGUCCCCGGAUUUCCGGUGGACCAUUGACAAAACCGUAUUCAUUGAAAUCCCUGCAUUUUCAUUGGUCAAGCUCAGAUCACAAGGGAUCCGAACAUACCAUCAGUAAGAAAAGCUUCCCGAUGGAAAUGCACGUGGUUCAUUAUCGUUCUGAUUUGAACUUUUCUAAUGCAGCUGUUCUGGAUAAAGGACUAUGUGUGAUUGCUUAUAUUUUCGAGAUAAGCAACGAUAAAUGUAAUGAUGCAUUAACAAGUAUUCUCUCAGUGGCUGAAGAAAACACAAUGGAGAAAGACAUAGAAGUAGAUUUGACCAAUCUUUUCCGUUUGGAUUCCCUGGUAGAUACAAUCGACAGCGAGUAUGUGACUUACUCUGGCUCGUUGACUACACCUCCAUGUCAUGAAAGCGUCAUCUGGAUAAUUAGCCCGUACACAAUUACUAUCGCUAAAAAACAAAUCGAACGCUUUCGACAAAUCUCCAUGGCUUCCGGUGGAUUUGGCGAUAAUCAUAGGCCCAUACAACCACUCAACGACCGUGUUGUAAACUUUGUUAAAUCAAACAAGCAAUAAUAGCGUUAUCUAUGAUUAAUAUAAACAAAAACAAAACAAAAUA